CACGUGACGAGGGUGACGGAAAACCCCUGCUGCAGGAAGCAGGAAGUCUGUCCACCACGAAGGCGAGCACGUAAACAAAUACAGAAUCAAGAAAGAAACCAUAAUCAGAUUACUCGACUAGAAUGUCUGGCAUUAAAGCUUUGGUCGGGUUGUCCUUUAGUGGUGCCGUUGGGCUGACUUUUCUGCUGCUGGGUUGUGCACUGCAACAAUAUGGAGUUUACUGGCCGAUGUUUGUGCUGUUUUUUUACAUCUUGAGCCCGGUCCCAGGCAUCAUAGCAGUGCGUCUUAGCGAAAGUCAUGGCGACUCCUCCAGCAAUUCUUUCAAAGAACUGGCCUAUUUCUUCACAACUGGCAUUGUUGUAUCAGCUUUUGGGCUGCCCAUUGUCCUCGCCCGCAACAGCACAAUCGCUUGGGGAGCCUGUGGUCUUGUGAUGACAGGAAACAUCGUCAUCUUCCUCACAAUCUUUGGCUUUUUUGCGGUGUUUGGAAGCGGCGAUGAAUUAAGCUGGGAUGAGUUUUAGGGUGAUUGGAGAAAAUGGGCAGAGAGAAGGACGGAUGGCUCCGUCCAUGUGAUCAUUCUAAAAAGUGUAAAAUGUGUGAAUCUGGACAAGUUUUCAAGAGGGUCUGAUACAGAGCACUGCGCUGUAUUAUUGUGCCUUAUGUCUAGGACACCAGUGCACCACUCAUAACCCACAUAUGCUUUAACGUCGUCACUAUACAUAUUAACCUGAUUAUUUUGGCUUGGCUUUUUUUUUUUUCCCCCAACCACACAUCAGCUGUGCUCUGUCUUUAGGUCCUGGUUUAUCGCACUGCCAUGCUUACUGCACUUGUCACUGGCUUUUUACCAUUGAAAUGUAAUUAGUUGACUUGCUUACUAUUACUACUUCUAUUUAAAGUAUAAUUUCAGGGGGAAAUCAUUCUUCCUUAUGCCAACUUAGUGAUGGUGAUGUAACUUUCUUGCCUCGGUAUGAAAGUUGCUGUUUUUGUGCAAUCUUCUACAUUCUCACCAAAGAUCAUUUAAGGUAGAGCCUAUUCAACGCCAAAUUGUGCUUCAUGAUUGGCACUUCGAUGCCAGCUGAGGGAUUGUUGUGUGAACAACGUUGCAUAAACCGCAUAGAAAAGUGCCUUUUCUAUUUCAGUGGAAUUAACAAAUUCUUCUGAUAUAUAUAUUUUUUUUACAUUUUGGAUGUAUAGCGAGGAGAAGUUCUAAUUUAAUCCCCUGCUGAUUUAUUCUAAGUUUAGCCUCUUACAAAGACAUGACAAAUCCAUAUAUUUAUGUUAGCUAUACUUAACAGGGAAUGACGGAAUAUUAAUGGAACAAAUAAGGUUUCUAAAUGUAUUUAUAUUUGAUUGAGUGAAAUAAGUAUUUGAUCCCCUACCAACCUGCAAUAAAUAAUUCUAUGCAUCCAUGAAGCACAAAAAUUAGCUCUCUUCAGUGAGGGGAAAAAGUGAGACCAAGGUUGGCACAAUAAUGAGAAAAUGGAAGAUAUACAAGAUAGUCAUUCAUCCUUCCGAGUUUCCCCACAGCACUGCAAUCUAUUUGGCGUGGUGGCGGCUUGGGGGUGUAAUGACGUCGUCAAAUUGGGCCAUGACACGUUUGCAAAAAGUGAGCAAAGACUUAAUUUUGUGGCAAAAUGGAGCCACCUCUGACUGCUUUCAGAUUGGGGGGGGGGAGCACUCGCUGCUCAUUGAGGAGGGAUAGAUGCUUUCUUCACUAGAUUUGUCGCUAGCCGCUUUUGUGAGGAGGAGUAGGGGUCCGAGUACUCACCAAAUAUAGCGACAAAGUCAUCUCUAAAGUUGCAACACACUGAUCCUUCCUGCUCCGUCUUAUUAUUCUCGGGACAAGGUGCGUUAUAUUGUGUUCAUGGGCCAGGUUAGUGCCCUUCUGUGUGUGAAGGGAUGCUAGCUUGUUAUUAACAGACUUUGCCGUACUGGAUUGUCGCUGGGAGUUCCAGUACUUUUGUCACUCAAAUGCCAAAUUAAUUCAGAACCUUGAGUGUUUUAUUGAAAUAUCUUUUUGUUAAAAUGACUAAAAAAGUCUGCGGUGGUAAACUUACGUCAGGAUAAGGUGCAACAAAUGCAACAUCAGUUCUCAUUGUAAAUCAGUACCACAUCUUCAUGUUCUCUUUCCUCAGCCUGAUCAUUAACUGACAUUUGAAGACUUGUGUACGAUUGAGUCCACUCCUUAGAAAUCACCAAACCAAAUAUAAAUGUCAUAUUCUUCGGGUUUUCUGAAAUACGGCCGUGUUCCAAAAUAUUACAUAUCAUGGCGUUUCUCACUGUCUGUCAUGACAAUGUAUUUUUCAUGUGCCUCUCACACCUUUUUAAACACUAACAAGUGCUUGUAGACUCAAGAUUACUUUUAUACGCUCUUGACUGCAUUUGGUUUUCUAACAAUUUAUUAAAAUUGUUUUACAGAC